AUGGCGCUGGUCUCCCGGAUCGCCCUGUCCGGCCCGCCGGCCACGGACCCGGAGGACUUCCUCUCGGACACCUUGGGCGUCGUGUUCCCGGACGACGUCAUGAACCAGCACGGCGACGCCGAGCACGGCCUCGUCUACACGUCGCCGUACCUGCCCAAGCCGCUGAACCUGAGCCUCGCCGACCCGGACCAGGACGAGGACCGCCGCCUCUUCAGCCACUACCUGUGGAACAGCUCGCUGCUCAUGGCCGAGCUCGUCGAGGCCGGCGCCCUGAGGCUUGGCGACGGCGACCGGGCGUCCUCGUUGCUGUUAGGUAAUAGCCCCUCGGCCGGUGGGGGCGACAUCGCCGCGCAGGCACAGCCUGCCGACGGUGCCGUCCCUCCUGCCUUGGCGGGCACGGGCAGCUGCAGUCCCGAGAACGGAGGGCCCGCAGAGGCGCACGCCUUCGACGUGACGGGCCUGUCGACGCUAGAGCUCGGGGCCGGCACGGCGCUGCCCUCGAUCCUGGCCGCCCUGCUGGGUGCCCGCAGGGUCGCCGUGACGGACUACCCUGCCGACUCGGUCGUUCCGAACAUGCGUGCCAACGUCCGGCGGAACGUGCAGGCGUCCUUCUCGCCGCUGGGCACCGCCCUGGCCGGAGCAGACCUCGUGGUCGAGGGACACGCUUGGGGCGAGGUCCCUCCCGCCGAGGGCAACCCUCUGGCCGGUGACGCCUACGAGCACGUCUUUGAUAGGGUCAUUGCGUGCGACUGUCUGUGGAUGCCGUGGCAGCACCAGAAUCUCCGGGCGUCGAUCGACUGGUUCCUGGCCCGCACGCCGUCGGCACGGUGCUGGGUCGUGGCCGGGUUUCACACGGGCCGGGACAAGCUGCGGGACUUUUUCUCGGUCCCGGCCCUCGAGGCGGUAGGCCUGGUCGUGGAGAAGAUCUGGGAGCGGGACUGCGAAGGGUUCGAGAGGGAGUGGGCGUGGGACUGGCCGGGCGAGGACAUCACGGCCCGGAAGCGGUGGCAGGUGGUUGCUAUACUGAAGAGGACGAUGUCGUAG